GUCCCGUUCACACAGAAGCCCGCAACAAACGCGUUUUGGAUGGCUGGUCAACGCAACGACGACUUUGAUGUGUCACAAUUUGUCGCGGAAAUCCCCUACGAAGAAAUCGAUCACAAAGAUCGAAAAGAGAAAGUCGGAAGUGGAUCCUUUGGCACAGUGCAUCGGGCGAGAUGGCGCAAUAUCGAUGUUGCCGUCAAAAUGAUCGAAUUAGAGUCCAAUUUCACAUUUAUACGGGAAGUUCGUCAAAUGGCUCGGGUUUCACACAAAAACAUCGUUAGGCUCUACGGGGCAUGCACAAAACGCCCGAAUGUGUGUCUCGUGAUGGAAUAUUGCGAAUAUUCGCUCUACAAAAUUCUGCAUGUUCAACGGCAUAUUCAGUAUUCGGCUGGGCAUGCGAUUUCCUGGGCUCUCCAAUGUGCGGAAGGCGUCGCUUAUUUGCAUGCGAUGACACCAAAACCCCUCAUUCACAGAGACUUGAAGCCGCCCAACCUGUUGCUGCGUGAAUGCGGUACCGUAUUGAAGAUCUGUGACUUUGGCACGGUAGCGGAUAAGGCGACACAAAUGACAAAUAAUCGCGGAUCGGCAGCUUGGAUGGCACCGGAGGUCUUUAAAACGUCAAAUUACACGGAAAAGUGCGACGUGUACAGUUGGAGUCUCAUUUUGUGGGAAAUGUUGUCGCGAAAACAGCCGUUUAAUGAGCUCGGGAACGUUUGUAGCAUCAUGUGGUACGUUCACGAAGGGAAUCGGCCGCCGUUGCUCGAUGGAUGCCCGAAAUGUCUUCAAACGAUCAUGGAAAAGUGUUGGGAUCAAGAACCCACGAAUCGACCUGCGAUGGCAACAGUUGUGGAUUUAAUGACAAAAUUGCUGCCGCUGUUUCCGGGAGGCGAUCAACCGUUGAAUUUUGAGAUUCCGAGUAACAGAAGUUCGGAUGACUAUGAAGACUCGACACUGGAUGAGCCGUACUCGAAUACAGUAGGGGAGACAACGUAUACUUCGAAAAUGUACAAAGAUCCACGGAAUGCGACGAGUAGUGAGCCGCAAGAGUAUUGGACAAGGGAUUUCGAUCGCAAAAUUAGAGAAAGACCGCAACUGAGUGAUCGGAUGAAUGGAUUGCUGAAUAACUCGAAUAGGGUGGCUUUGACGCCGUUGCAAGUUGACGUCGAUAAGAACGCUUGGGCCUUACCAGAAUACACAACGGAAGAUGAAUCAACAGCGCAUGCCAAAGGACCUUAUCCAGCAAACAGCCAAGGCAAUGAACGUCUAACGAUCACAAAACGCAGCGGCUCGUCCGAGUCGACAAUUACAACGACAAACACGAGUGACAACAGCAGCGAAUCGUCGUUCGACAAAAAUUCGAUCAAAUAUAUGCUCGAUCCGCACUUGAGACCCAUCGAUCCGGAUCCCACGAGUCGCAUUUCCAAGGAAAUUUACGCCGAUCACAUUCGGAAAGCGGAAGAGUAUUUAAAAGUGCAAACAGAACUGGCUUACACGCAACAACGCAAAGACGAGAUACUGGCACAGAUGACGCCAGAAGAGAGAGAAAAAAAGCUGAUAUUUCUUCAACGUUUAAAGGAAAAAGAGGAAAUUAUCAAAAUUCGUGAUGCAAUGUUGCGCCAAUGUGAAGCCCUGAAUCUGCAUCGACCGCAGCAGCAGCAACAAGGAACGCCAGAUAUGCCCGCCGAAGAAGUGGAAGAAGGUUUCAUCUUGAUACCAAAAAAGUAGUCUCUCCUAAGAAUUUUUUUCUAGCUUUAAGUUGAAUUUUUCUCGAUUUUACGGGAAAUUUACGAAUAUAGUUUUGUAAGAAACGACCAAAAAUUUUAACAAUUUAAAAAAAAAUGACUAAGAGAAUGAUAGGUUUAAGUACAAAUUAACAGAAAAAGAUCAAAAAAUCGCAGAAUAGCAACGAAAAGCUUUAUAUUUGAAAAGCCUCCGCAAUGAAUUUAGCCUCUAAGUAAGAUAUGUGAUAAAUUUUUAUUGAAUAAAGUG